UCGUUCGCUGGCUGGCGACCGAUUCCCUUUGUAUGUAAACAUAUCGCGCGGGAGGGACGCUUUUGAGAACUUCUUCAUGGGAAUUUCAGCCUCUUGCACGUGAAGUUAAUGCUUGUAAUAUGUCGACAUACCAGGUAAGGUCGCUAGAGGAGGCAGAUCAGAUCAUACGGGAGCACGAGAGGAAGACUAAGACCACAUACGCUCUCCUCAGGUCCACCAAGAAUUUCGGCUGUGUUGAUGUCCCAGCCUGUGCAAAUGACGAAAACGAAGUCAGAUUUGAAACGGUGGGAGUUCCUUAUUGUGGCGUGCCGUUUUUUGUGGCGGGACUCAAGAUUCUCCAGUGCCAGUCGUACAGAGGUCGAGGAGGAAGAAAGAAGAAGGAGAUCAAAAUUGAGCUGACUGGGUCUGGAGCAGGUGUGAUCGGUGAGGCAGGUGUCGGGGAUGCUGGGGGGGAUGAUGAGGAUCCCAUGCACAUGAAGCCAAUGAUCAAGAAGAAAAAGAAGGCUGGUCGAACCCAUAAGGUUGGCUGUACUGCCACCAUCAUCAUGAAGGAAGUCAUAUAUUAUCCUGAGUUCCAGCUUUUUGAGCACUCAAAAAACAAUCGCAUUGCUGUCGCACGUCAACUUAAAGAUGCAUUGAAGUCCAAGGCUCCUGUACAGAAAGAUCGAAUAAUCUACGUCACAGUACCUGCAAUGUCUGACCAUUUUGGUCACUCGGUUGGACUGGGCACCACAAAGCAAGGAGCAAAACGUCUAUUUGUGAAGAAUGACUUUUAUGGUCACAAUGAACCAGGCUCCAGCAAGCGAGUAUAUUAUCCCGUUAAGCAAGAGAAAUUAAAUGUCGCACAGUUAACAAAGCGUAUGAAGGUGGAAGAAGAUGACACAGAAGCCAGAGCCAAGGAAGUGCGUGAAAUCUUGCAAGGUAUCAUGGGGCUUACAUACAAGCAACCUGGAACAACCGAAGCAUAUCGUGAACUAUAUAAAGACUUGAUGCAUGCCAAGCUCAAGUAUCAGCAGACGAUGGACACACUACUUGGAGGAACCCACGUUGCACAGAUCCACGUGGUAGAUGGCAUAGUAGGACAAAACGGAGAUAAUCAAGGUGAUGGAAAUGAGAACGCUUGGCCAGUACCAAGAACAGCUGUGGUUGUGACUACUUCUGCAGGACCCACUGCAACUCUGCCACCUGUCUCGUCUGUUACCACUACCACAACCAUUGCUGCCCCUCAGGUUCAACAGAACCCUACAGUAGCUACAACAGCUACAACAGUAGCAGAUGGCAAUAAUCAGGAAACCAGUAUCUUUAUUGAGGCUAUGGAAGCUAUUCUAAACUCACAGAUAUAAAGAAUUUUUUUAUUUGUAUUUUAUAAGCUAAGGGCAAAAUCACUAUAGGCCUUUGUCAUCUAUUACAAAUUUGGUGUUUAUCUGAGAACAUUAUGGAUCAUCAUCAUCAUCAUCAUCAUUAGUAGCAGUCAUCACCACUGGGGCAUCCAUCAUCAUCAGUAGUCAUCAUCACCACCAUUAUACACUGGUACUUGGCCUUGGCCCUGUGCCUAAAUAUCAACAUUACCUUAUCUCCAUCAUUAUCAUUAGCCACAGUAGCUUCUCUGUUUUCAUUUGGUGAGGAGGCAUUAACCCAGAAUCUAUAUGGAAGUGCUGUCAGACCACUGACAGCGCAGCUUGUUCUCUCAAUUUGUCAUUCCAUAAAAUAUUCAAAUGUUUUGCCUAACCAGGAAUGUAUGCCCUUACACAACCCACCUAACCUGUAGACUCCAAGGCCUAGAAAAUGUCAUUAUUACAGUACUGUAAGUUUCACUAUUAUGUCCUAUUUUAAUGUAUAAAUUGUAAUAUGUUAGGUGAGAGGACAGGUUGGAUGGAAACAGAGUGAUGCAUAUAGUAGUUGAGCAUGUCACCAGCUUCGGAAUGUAACAUGCCCGAGAGCACUACUCCUCACUGUUCAUAGGAUCUUUCCCCAUGUUGACACAUCUUAACUGAAAUAUACCUCCACCACAUGAUAAAGGUGAUGAUGAUAUUUAAUCAGUCAUUUAAAAAACUAGGGUAAAGUGUUCCAUUUCCAUUGUUCCAUUAUCUUGUCUUAAUUGUUAGUUAUUCCUUCUCUCAUCUAAAAAAUUUACCCGAAUCAACCUCAUUAUCUUUCUACCUCUCAAAUUCAUUCAUAUACACUGCAUAAAAUGUUAAAUAUACAUUCUUUUCGAAUAACAUUAUUUUCAUAUCAAACUAAUUUUUAUUUUAAACUCCACUUCUUUUCAUAAUCUCGAAGGUCUGGUAAUCAGUCCUUCCUACUCAAUACAUUUCUUUCAGCUUGUCCAUCACUGUUGCUCUUUUUUGUUUUUGGUUUACUCGUCUUCCAACUUGCACAAAUUCCUAAUUUAGCCUAUCACAUUUCAAGUCUCUCAGUUAAUUUGGAGAUGAAUAUUUCUUGUCAUAUCUCAAACAUAUAUUUUACGUCUCUCAAUUGCUAUUAAUUUACUGUUAAACUAUUUUUUACCACAAAUCAAUAUAACUUUCAACUAUCCAAGAGUUGCCUCUUGGAUAGGUAAUAGAUGAAUUGAAUGGACCCGAGUUAGAUUCUCAGGCAGGAUGAGACGUUUGGGUAUGUUUAUAUGCACUUGAUGGCUCUUGUUCACCUAAUAGCAAAUACUUACCCGAGACUUAUGUUUGUAGUUUGUAGUUUGCAUCCUGUGGGAAGGUAACAUAGAUAAGCCCAACAGUCUUUCUGUCUCGGUGUAUAAUCAUUCCAUUCACCUGGGCUCUCGAAACUCGAACUGCGGACCCCACAUGUGUGAGGCCGAAACUCAAUCGACUGAGCUAUUGAGUAGUCUUAAUAAGGAAAUGAACAAAUCCACAUGGGCUGUGACGAGGAUUCGAACCUACGUCCAAGAGCAUCCCAGAUGCUGCCUUAAUCGACUGAGCUACGACAUGGUAAAAGAAUUGCAACAAAAAGUUCUACUGAACUUACUUGAAUCAUGCUAUUGUGAUAUGUGUGUGUUAGUAAGGAAAGUUAUUAUUGGGACCUUGAACUGUGGACCAUGUGUGGUCUGCGGUUCGAGUCUCCUAGAGCCCAGGUAAAUGGAGUGUUUAUUUCCAUGGAAGUAUGGAUGACAUUUUAUAGAGUAAAAUCAUAACUCUCUCAUCUGGUAUUUCUGGUAAGGAUUUCUUUUUCACACUUUAAAAGGUAUAGGAGCAGAAAUAUCCUGCUGGGUUCUUGGGUUUUGGAUCGCCUGAGAGUGGGUGCCCUUAGUUUGUUAUUGGCGCCUCACUUUCUCCUUUGAUUGCCAGUCCGGUCGUGGGAUUGCUACUAGAAUCGGGUUUGGAUUCAAAUUUACAAUGCUUUCACUGUAGUUUUGAAUGGUUACUUUAAACUUUUCUUUAUCAUCUUACUCAUCCUCCUGCCUCAGUCUGUCUUCACCCUAAGGCAUCGCAAUUUUGAUGCCAAUCAACCACACGGUAAAAAAUCCAGUGUUCUAGUACAAUUAAAAGCACUCUAGUAUUAAUGUUCCCUUGGAUUAAUGAGCAUUGGCCUUGAUAAGUUAAGUGGAUUGCCUAGAUUAAAAAACUCACUAGGUUAGAUAAAAACCACUUUGAAUUUGAUGCUGGGGCAAAUUGUUUGAAUGGGCUGCCUGAUCAGCAUAUAUUUAUUAUAAUUUAUCACUGAUCUAUUUUGGCCUCACGUUUGGGCAAUAUCAGUGCCUGAAUACUAAACCACACACCAGAAGAUGAGGAGACGACGACGUUUCGCUCCGUCCUGGCCCAUUAUCAAGUCGAUUGUGCCCAUUUUCAUUUCCUGGGACUAUAUCCCCAAUAUAUGCAUGAAAAUCUUUUUCAUAAUUUCUUUUUCUCACUAAUUCUUUUUGCUACAAAACCUUCAAAAUCUGCUAGAUUGUCUUCAUCAGCAAACAUGCCAGAUGACAACCAACAUUUAUCCAGUGUAUUCUGAAAGGUGAAUAUUACUUAAUUAUUUUGUAAUAGAAUCCUGAUCAUCACCGAGCUGUUUGGCAUUUUUGUUUUGUUUUUCUUUCAAUGUUGGAUCAAGGAAAUCUUAUUAGGAGACAGCUGUUUCUGUUGCUUAUUAGCUCUUACCUGCUAUUCAGAAAUAAAACCACUUUGCUAUCACUUGGCAGGUCAGCUGUUCCCAAGGGUUUUCAUUUGUGGGACAAAAUGCUGAGGAAGCUAGUUCUUGAAAAUAGCUCUAGUCAUCCAUGCACUUUCUGGGCCAUAUAGAUGACAGGUAGGAAAGCAAGUAGACCAUGUAUUUUUACUUACAAAGUUAAUGAUGGGAAUCGGUGCUUUGGGUUUCAUCAUCUUUUUAGUAGAGACAAAUAUAUGAUGCAGAUUCAUCUCAGGAAAUCAGGUAUAUGAGAAUUUAAAGAAACAGUUUUAUAAACAUUUUUGAUAAACUGAACAAAUUUUUGAUAAAGUGAGGAAGGCACCGUCACAUUGAUGCAAAGCUGCGUAUAGAGAUAUUGCUCAAGCUUUUAAUGUAUAUUGUAUAUAUUACCAUCUUAUUUUAAGUAUUUCACAUUGUUUGCAAAUCAAUAAUUUAAAGUCUAAAGCUUCAGGAUGUGUGUGUGUGUGUUUUCCACAUUCUCAUGUGGGUUUAUGAGGUACUGUAAUAGAGGCUGCUAGAGAGCUGGGGGAAUAGAAGAUAAUACAGUGCAUUUGUAAUUUUAGACAUGAUUGGGAAAUUGCUAUGUUGUCAGUCUUAAGAAAAAAAAGGAUCGUAAAUCUAUCUGGGUCUAUCCUGUUUUUUUUAAAGUUAAAUUUCAGUACAGUUCAUAAUUAAAAGGAACUAUAUUCCAUUUUAUAGGGUGUUAAAGAAAUAUCAUGAUGUUCAGUGGUCUGUGUAUCAGUCACCAUUCACCAUUUUUUUCCCUUUUUCAUGAAGUCUUACAAUUUUUGUUUGGCCUGAAAAAGUGUGUGCAGACAUAGAACAUUUUAUUUAUAAAGCCAAUGCAAAUAAAUUGUAAAAACUGUAGUGAAAUAUAUUACUUGGAUAAAUGUAAAAUCUCUUAUACUUCACUUGCAUUAAGCAUAAUAAGAUGCAUCACAAUACUUGUAUGAAUGUUGUUUGCCCUAUAAGUCAUGCAUAUAUGAAGUCUUAUCUGCAAUGUAUAAGUAUAGAAUACUGUAGUAUCUUCCCAUAUGUGCACAUUUGUAAUUUGAAGGGCAACAUUGGAAAUCCAUGACUGUUUCUUCAGUACCAUGGCUUGAUGGUGACAUCUUGAGUAAUAUUUAUGGCUUUGCAUUUGCCAUUGACUUAAAUGGUAUUAUUCUCCAUUACAAAAAUAUUGAAGCCAUAUGAAGGGAUCAAACCAACUUUCCUGAACUCCCUAGACACACACACACACACACACACACACACAGGGAUGCGGGUUCGAUACAAUCAUAAGGCUUCAAUGUUUGAUCAUAGAUAUAUCAUUUUGUGCAAGUUGUGCAUACUUCAUUAUUACCAUAUGUGGCUUAGGACAUUCUUUGGGCAAUUACUAGCAUUUCAGAUUGGGAUUAAGUGCUAAGUACAAUGGAAUAUGACCACCUAAAGAUAUAAUUAUCCUAAAAAAGAAAGAAGACUCAAGCCAUGGUCCUGAGGAUAUAAUGAUUUAAAAGGCCACCUUCAAACUGUGGUCUAGGUGAUAUAUCAUUUAUCAUUAUUGUUGUUACUCCAAUUUUUUUUUUAUAUACUGUAAUCACCAUUUGUUUUACAUUAAAUAUAUUCUGGAUCCUCACAUGUGAGAGAAAGGUGACACACCGAGAAAUAAUCAGUGGCAAGGAAACGUUUUUCGCUUAUGUGGUAAUCAAAUAUGUUGUUAGUACUGUGGUAGCUAGCAUGCAAGUGGUUGGUAGGCAAUACAAAUUAAUUCUUAAAAAAAAAAGGUUGCCAGUCCUAGGUCACAAGCAUUUUUUUCCUCUUAUUGGUAUAAAAUCAAUUUUUAAAUAAAUUUUAGAACAAUAGACAGUAUUAACUUGAGAGGUUUAGCCAUCAUUUGAUACUACAAUUAAAUCAGUGGAUAUAUAUCUUUAAUAUACAAAAUAUAUUGGAGGCUGAAUUUUUGGCCCAAUCCAAGAGAUUAUUGGACAGGGUGUUAAAGCUUUAUUAUAAAGGGGAUCAAGUGUCACUAUAAACAUGUUUAUUAUAUUUAUAUUAUACACACCAUCCUCAAUUCCUCUGUAAUAUCUUAAAAUGUGUAACAGUGUUCAUCAACAUUACAACCUAAUGUUAUGGUCACCUGGGAUAAAGGGUCAGAGGUUUUCUGGAUUAUAAACAGUGUCAGGUAAGAGUUACCUGAAACUAUAUACAUACUAUAAAUACAGGGUAUUUAUGGUAACUAAAAUCCUUGUAAAGAUAGCCUGCUUAAAGCUCAGGAACAUUAUACUUCUCAUAAAUCACUGAAGUCAAUUAAUGUAAUGACUGGGAACUGUUCCUCUUCUGUGCUUAAGGUUCCUUCAUCUCAACAUAUCAGGUCCUGCCUUAAUUUCUCAUCAUCAGCUUUAUGACUGCUCAUAAUUUAAAUCAUUUUAAAUUAUGACAUUUAAAAAUUGACAGUUUUCUCUUCACUGACACUGUCAGCAUGGUUGAACCAAUCAAUUCUUUUUUAUAUAUCUUGCAUAUAUGCACAUACCGAUGUAAUUUAUUUUUAAUCCUAAAUUAUUUUUAGUUUUUAUGCUACAUUUUAAGCGAUUGUGUUUUGUCUGGCCACAAGUGGGCGAUUACAUGCACUGUCAACUUGACCCUGCACCAACAUGUAUUAAUACAUAGUAUCAGAAAAGAGAAGGCAUCACUGUUCAAAUACUCAUUGCAUUUUUUAAUUAGCAAAUUUCUGGAAAUAAUAAAGUUCAAAGAAAAAUACAUGUAAUGUUUGAAUUUGAAUAUUUUGUUUCUGAAGAUGAUGAUAAUCAACAACAGCAACGAAGACCUGCUUGUAAGUUAUUGUUAAGCACUGAUACACUGCAUUAAUUAUAUGUUGGACCAUCACAGUUAUAGACUGCAUUGUAAUUAAGUGUACUUCUAGAUUAAGACCAUUUAGGGAAUAUAAAUACAGUGUUUAGCUAUGCAUUAAAAUGAUGGAUAAGUAAUGUGAAGGCAACUUGUGGGUCAUGGAUUGUUGCAGUGCUGUGUUAGGACGGUCACCCAGUAAACUCACUGGAGUAGACUGAUGGGUUUACUGGGCUCUGAAUAGGCACUGGCACUGCUGCUGUAUAGUAACAAAAGCUAUAGUGGAUAUAUAAAUAUAUAUAAAUUAUAUUAUUAUGAAAGGUAUAAUUUUUGGUGUGAAAAAGUUUUCUUUAGGCAUUUACUAUACCAAAAUAAUAAACUGCAAUUUGUGUGUUUAGCAUAUAAUUAUAUUUCUUCAUUGAAUUAUUAUUUUAUUGGAUUUUGGGGUAUAGACAGGCAGGCAAUGAGGGAUUUUCCACAUUGAAUUUUUCUCAUCUUAUUUGGCUGGGUUAUAAAAUAUAUAUUUUUUCAGUAUUCAGUCUCAAACAAUAAUGUUAAAAAAAAAAUGAGAUUUUCUAGUUAAAAUAUGCCUACGAAGAACAGAAUUAAGCAAAUGAUGAAUUUGUAAAUAUUCAGUAUUUUUGCUAUUGCUAGAGAAGGGGAGUCAAUUUCCUCUGAAGGCCAAAUGCAAGGUGAAGGGAGGCACUGGAAAUUUUGACAUACCGGUGUGAGCUCCCAAGUAAAUCUUGGGAGCAGAGAUUUGUGUGAAUUUGAGAACCAAGGCACUGGAAAUUUUGACAUACCGGUGUGAGCUCCCAAGUAAGUCUUGGGAGCAGAGAUUUGUGUGAAUUUGAGUCAAUGUGUUUUCGAAGCGUGCAUUUCUAUGUAACGAAGAGCCAAAUCGAGUGUUUAUAGUAAUGCAUAUUGCAUUUAAAUGUUAAAAUGUGAUGUUGCCCAUAUUAUUCCUAGCAUUUUAUCAACCUUUAGUGUUUUUUUAAGCAUGACCACUGAGCAGUGUCCCUAAUUAAAAGUAGAACGAUCUGUAAAAAAAAUUACACAUUUUGAAGUGUUUAUGAAAGUACAGUUAGGGGUUGAACAGUUGUAAUUUUAUUUUGAAAGUUUAUUACAAUAACAUGUAAUUUUUUCUUCCUACAUUGGUUACUGUACUUACUAAUUGGCUAAUUACUCACUUACCAUUGGCUAAUAGCCAGUUUUCUUAUUAAUAACACAAAAUAUUAGCUAUUUGUAAAUCUAGGUAACCCUAUUUUCAAUAAAGUUUCAUUUUCUUGGGUAAGUAGUAAUACUGUAGUCCAUUUUUUUAAUUUAAAUGUACUGUAUUGAAGUACAGUACUGUAAGACAAAAUUGAGUUUGUAAGAUAUAUAAAAUGUCCUUAUUAACUAAGCUCCACUACUCCAAAUGGAUCCACGACUGUUGUCAGGGGUUGAUCAGUCGUGGAGCUUAGAUACUAAGCACCAGGACUGAUCAAUCCUUAUAGACGAUCAUUGGUGCGGUGGUUACGGUACUGUGUAUGUUUAGGGGUGGUCCUGGAUGGCAUGGGUUCGAAUAAUGGCCGGGUCAAAUAGAAUUCUUAAUGAUAUAUAUAGAUAGAUACACACACACAUUCACUCACUCCCUUGGUACUUUAGGGGAGGAAGCAGUUCUUCCUCCUCUUCCCCAAGGUUGAACUACUGACCUGGAUGCAACCUCAAAACAUUGUCCUAACUCCCAGGUACCUAUCUACUUCUAGGAACAGAUUCAUUAGGUGAAAGGAAACAUGCUCAACUAUUUGUCCUAUCUGGAAUUCAAAUCCGGGAUUCCUGAUUGUGAGUAGAGAAUGAACCUAACUACUACUGAAACCCAAUAUAACUCAUCAUUCAUUCGCAGACGAUGAGUCACAAUAAUGUGGCUGAAGAAAUGAUCUAACCCCAACUCAGAAGAUGGAGGAGAUAACAUUUCGAUCCAUGAUGGAGCAGUGUCAAGUCGAUCAUAUGACUUGGUAAUGGUUCAGGAUGGACCAAAACGUCAUCGCUUCUCCAUCUUCUGAUCUGUGGUUUGGUCAUCCUCCCUUCAUUCAUUCAAAAAGUGAUACGUCACGUACUCUUCAGAAUACAGAUGUAAGCGCUUUGAGGUUAAGCAUUUAGUCACAUUACUCCAUCGCAGACAGUAUUUCAACACACUGUUGCCAUUCCUCCUUUCACCUGCAGCCAAUAGCUUAAGAAAUUAUAUUUUAUUUGUAGUCGUACAAACACAAUCUGUUAUUUUACGAUGCAUUAAUGUUUAUGGAAGUGAAAUACCCCUCUUGAAAUUUGCUUGGCUUGUGUUUUAAAUGUUAUGCAAUAUUUAAUCUAUAUUUACAUAAUUUUUCCUCCAUGAUGCAAUGCCAUACAAGUAAGGUUACAGAACCCAGCUUGGCCAUAUAGUAUUGUAUAUACAACUCAUUUUAUAUAUAUAUUUUUUAAUUGGUAGAUAUAUAUCUAUGUAUAUUCAGAAUCAUUGUGUAAAAAGAGUACUUGCUCUCCAUUUGGAGGGAAAAUACCAAAAUAUUAUGGGUUUAGUCAGUUUCUAUACAAAAGAAGUUUAAGGCUUUUCACUAUAUUUUGGUGGGCAGUGGUUAUGGAAGAGACACUAAUCGUCUUGACAAAUUAAGUAUUCUGUGAACCCAUGCAUAAUUAGAAUAGAGAAGAUUGAAUGAUUUAAAUUUAUUAUAUAUUUUAUGUUCUUAAAAGUUGUGAGAACAAAAAAUAUAAGCCUGACAGUAUA